AAACAAGAAUUACAUGUAAGCUAUUUUUAGUUACAGUGGAUUUUCCUCGUCUAUAAUUAUGAAUUUUCUAUUUACAAUUAUGGAGCACCGAAUCAUAUCAUAGUUAGCGUAACAUGAUAAGCGCAAAGUAGGUGUGUGUUGUGUUAAAGAAGGAAGUAUAAACGUAUUUUAAAACUCAGUUGAAACCGUCUGUUAUUACUUGUGAAUGUUAUCGUAUAAGACACAAUGGAUAGAUCACAAAGAUACCUCUUGACAUAUUAUGUAAUAACAACAUGUUAUCUAGCUAGAGUAGAGUCAUGUAACACAAACGAGUUUCAGUGUAGUAGUGGGGAAUGCAUACCUUCAGGAGAUAGAUGUGACAAUUCAUUUGAUUGCAAAGAUCGUUCUGAUGAAAAUAACUGUCAAGGUGUACAACCAUGUCCCGAAGGAAGGCAUAAGUGCGACACCGGUGAAUGUGUUACAAACAGAAAUCUAUGCCCAACACUAACGACUAUAAUAGAGUUAUCGACGUCUAAUGUAGAAUCAUCCACUCAAAAUCAAAAGGAGAUAACACCAACAAACACAUUUCUGAAACAAUCGUCUUCAUCAUAUAUAUCAUCUAAAAAUGACAUUCAACCAACGGCAACUCGUCCCAUGCCAAAUAGUGCAACAAUAGAUACGACGCCACUAGUAAAAGCCGUUACAACUCCAACUGAUGAUCACGAUCCUGAUAGUGAAAGUAAUAAUCUUUUAUACUUGCUAUUACUACUGUUGCUGAUACCGAUUUGUUUAUUUGCAUAUUAUUUAUGGAACCGGCUUAGAAAAAGUGAUAAUUCACUUGUUUAGACAGGAACAUGGGGACGAAAAUACCAGGAAUAAAAGGAAGUGAUCACAUGCAUCCUUUUUCGAACUCAGGAAAUAUAGAUAUAUUCUCACUGAAUAUUUCUGAAGUUUGGUGCUAAUAUUAAUUGGAUAUAUCACAUUGGACUUGAAAUAUGAUCACGAAUAUUAUUCCAAGAUUGCGUCCUCCUUUCAUAAUUUGCGACAUCAACGAAUCUGACAUGUUACAAUACGUCUACAUACCAUCAGCGACACGACACAACACGUUUACAUACCAUGGAUCAGCGACAUGUCUCAAUACGUUUACAUACCAUCAGCGACAUUCCGUGAGCCACUUGUAGAGAAUGAACUACUACUACUAACACUUCCGGAACACCUAAGUGUAUUCAUAUGUUUUUAAUCCGUGUUGCUUUGGCUACAGUAUUCUGUAUUGUAUUAAAUAUAUUUUUAA